UUCUGGCAUCAAAGUCAACGGCAACGGGACAGGCAAGGGCACUUGAAGCAACUGGAACCGCAGCAGCAAGAACAGGAGCUGCUCCUGCGACAGAUGGCAACCGCAUCAAUGGCAUUGUGCAGAAUCCUGACCGCUAUGUGCCCGGCUCUCCCAUCUUUCGCGACAGCAGUCCAGCGCGCGCCGCCACCUCAGCCUCGGGGGCGCCUAUAACAGCUGCACCAGCCCCAGCCACGUCCAGGAGGAGCUCCAAAGCCAUGACGGCGUCUGUAACAAAUGCAGCACAGGGAAGCAACAGCAGCAACAUCAACAAUUCCAUUGCCGGCAAAUCCCGACCGCCCGCCUGCUACAUGAGCACUCGAUCCGCUGCCAUGAUGGCGCUGGCACUGGGCCAAACAUCCUCCAGUGGCAGCUCCAACGUCCAACGCUCCUCCACGCCCGUCCACACCCAGAGCGCAGCCAGUCCGAACGCUUCGCCGCGUCCCAGCCACAGGAACGUGCCGUCUGUCGUCGCUUCACCCGCCAGCGAUGCGUCCCGGUCGAAGCCAUCAACACCAACGGCCACGCGGGCAGCAGUCGUGGCAGCCCUGAAUGGUGGUGGGAUCUUCUCGGGCGGCAGCAACUCCAGCGGCUCCGACAAUGAUGGCUUCAGCACUUCGGGCUCAUCAACGGCCACGGCGCUGCGGCGACUGUACUUUAAGAGCGGUCGCAGCAUCAAGAACAAGAUCAAUGCCUCGACGACAUCCUCGUCGGCGACGCCACUGAACGGCCUGCCGCUGAAUCCCGUGUCCAGCGCCUACCACAAUUCUGUGAGUGGAAUGCACAGCAUGGCCGUGGCAGGCGGUGGAGUGCCCAAGCUGGUUGUAAUGGGCACAUCGUCAGCCUCCAUACCGGACACCAACAUCAACACAUCCACGGACUCGGCCUCCACGCUCAUCACGAACGUCACCCACACGGACACCUCGGAGACGUGCGACUCUUUGGACUUGGGCGACAACUCGGGUCCCAGCGAGCCGCUAUUCAGUUCACUGGAGGAGCCGCUGCUCACCGCCAUUCAAAUCGAUUCUGAGCACGAGACGAGCGGCAGCGGCGGCGGCAUCGGCACUGAACUGGAACUAACGAGCUGCUCACGCUAUCCGCCCAGGCCCGACAUGAAUCUGCAGGACAGCACGGAGAGCCAGGAAUCCUGUUUAUCCAUAUUGACGGCUGAGCAGUCGUCCACCACUCCACUGCUCUCGUCACAGCGACGCCAAGCGGCUGGUGGCCAUUCGCCAGGGAGCCGCAGGGAGGAGCGACAGCCGAGCAGCCGUAGGGAGCCCAGCACGGCGCCUCCGCCGACACGAGUGCGGGACCACUUCACCUUCGAUCCCCCGCUGUCACCCAAGUCGGCGCGCAGCAGCGAAAAGGCUCGCAGUCAUUUCACAUUCAAGGACGAGCCCCAGGCGCAGGCAGAGACGCGUCGUGGCUACAACUCGUACUACGCGGGGCCAGCUAAUGGAGGAGGAGCAGCAGCAGGCAAGGGAGCAGAGGGAGUACACAGUGCUGGUGGGGGACGCACUGUGCCCGCCAGCGAGGGUGAUGGCGAUGAGGAGGAUGACGAACGCGGCAGCGGGGCAACUGCCGCCGGCAAUCGCAACAAGAAGCUGCGUCCCAGGGAGCGUGACACAAAUGCAAAUGACGCCUCUCGCACAUACAUAUCGCCCGGAGUAUCGCCAUCGAACAGCCGGCGCAACAGCCCCAAGCGGGAUAAGAAGCGAACGACACCCUCCGCCUCGACGGGGGCCAUCGCCAAGGUCAGCUCGGCGCCGCCCACCAUGAAGGAUGGCCACUUUUUCAGCUCUUCCGGCAAGCAACGGCAGACCCCCCAGCAGCUGUCGCCCUCAGCCACGGUGAGUGCCGCCCAGCAGCGAAAGUACUCCUCGAGCUCGUCCAGCGGCAGCAGCGAGCGCUGUCUGCGUGAGCUGGCAGCGGCGCCUGGCACCAUGUUUCCCUUUGACCGGGAGGCGCUGGAUCACGAGAGAAUCCAGAGGGAAUGCUUUGCGCCCAGCUCGUCGACGGGCAGCGUCAGCAGCGACUCGGAUGAGGCGGAGAACCGUUCGGUGUACGAGCGGAAGCUGGGAGCGGACAUCUUCCAGCAGUACUCGCGUCUCAGCCAGCAGGAGCAACUGCAGCAGCAUCUGCACCAGGAGCAACGCGAGUGGGAGCGGGAUAGAGAUCGAGAUCGGGAUCGACCACCGUCCCGCAAGAACUCGAAGCGCAUACGACCAGACUCGGUGAUCCACACGACCAUCAGGGAGAACCAGCAGUAUGUGCCGCAAUCGGACGCCUUCUAUCCGCAGGCCAAGUCCUCCUCCUCGCCCAGUGAUCACUCCUACGCGGAGCUGAACAAGUUCGACGACAUAGCCAACAAGUUCGAACAGAUCCCGCCCAAGCAUGGUUCCACCUCCACCCUCAACCUGCACAUGCCCAGUCCGGGCAGCGAUUCCGGUCAGCUGUCGACCCUCAGCCCAACGGACACCAACCGCAAGCGCUCCUUCAAGACCAAGUCAAACAAGAGCAGAGCCAAAGAGGAUUACGGCUUUCAGCUGGAGGAGCGUGGCGCUGGACCCAUCAAUGUUACGGCAAAUCCCAUGGAGGCGGCUGCGGUUUGCAAGCAGCCACGCGCCACCAUCGUUGUGCAGCAGCUCAUAAAACGAUGCGCAGGCAGCGAUCGAUUCAGUAAAGCAAAGCAACGGUAA